GGCGCGGUGACGUGCGGAGUCGGCCGUGGGCUUCCGGGUUGGUGGGGAGAUCGUUAUUGCCGUUGUCGCGUCCGAGCGCCGCCGCCAUGAACCGCUUCUUCGGCAAAGCGAAGCCCAAGGCGCCUCCGCCGAGCCUCACCGACUGCAUCGGGACGGUGGAUAGCAGAGCUGAGUCAAUUGACAAGAAAAUCGCUAGGCUCGAUGCAGAGCUAGUGAAGUAUAAGGAUCAAAUGAAGAAGAUGAGAGAGGGACCUGCAAAGAAUACAGUAAAGCAGAAAGCUUUGAGAGUGUUAAAGCAGAAGCGAAUGUAUGAACAACAGCGGGAUAAUUUAUCACAGCAGUCUUUUAAUAUGGAACAAGCUAAUUACACUAUUCAAGCACUCAAGGAUACAAAGACAACGGUUGAUGCAAUGAAACUGGGAGUGAAAGAAAUGAAGAAAGCUUACAAGCAAGUCAAAAUUGAUCAAAUUGAGGACAUACAAGAUCAGUUAGAAGAUAUGAUGGAAGAAGCCAACGAAGUCCAGGAAGCGCUGAGCCGUAGCUAUGGAACACCAGAGAUUGAUGAAGAUGACUUGGAAGCAGAACUGGAUGCAUUAGGUGAUGAACUUUUAGCUGAUGAAGACAAUUCCUACUUAGAUGAAGCUGCAUCUGCUCCAGCAAUCCCAGAGGCCACUCCUACUGACACAAAAAACAAAGAUGGUGUAUUGGUGGAUGAAUUUGGGUUGCCAAAGAUCCCUGCUACAUAAAUGUUUCAAAAGGACAAUGAAUAUAGUGAACUACAUUUUACAAAUCAAGUUAAGAAACUUUUCAAUUCUGGGAAACUUGUCCUUCCAGUGUAACCUUAAUAUCACUACAUCCUAGUAUGCAAUAUGAAUGGCUGAUGGUGUUUUCUUUCUUUGAAGAAAGUUGUUCUACUACUGACUUUUCUAUUAAUGGAAAAUUUGGCACAAUUUCCUUCAGUGGAAGCAGUCAGUCUAAUGGGUUUUGAUUUCCUGUGUCUUAUGGACAGAGUAAUACGUGCAGAGUAAUGGUGGCUGUUUAUAGCUGAGCUUUGUUUUGAUUUUGUAUUAUGUUUCUCUUUCUUGAAACUAAGACUGUGUGUUGCUGCUUACUUUGUAAAAUAGCUUCCUUACUACUAUGCUUAUUUGAUAAAGAAUUAGAUGCAUUUUAAAACUACUUCAGUCUUGAGACUUUUGUGCUAUUGUAUUGUAACCUUCUUGAUGGUAGGGUUAUCAUUAGCUUUAUGUAUUCCAUUGUGACAUAAAAUCAUUUAGAUUAGCUGA